AUGGAAACGGAGUACUGUUUCUCAAGGCUCUUCUCAGUUGAGAUACCAGAAAGGGAGAAGUGGAAUGAUGAUAAGGCCCUUCAAACUUUCCGGUCGGGAGACAUCGUGUGGUACACCAAUGGAUCCAAAAAGGAAGGGCUGGCAGGUUCAGGCAUUUACGGAGAAAGGCCAAGAUCGCGCAAAUAUGCGAGCCUGGGAAGGUUUGCCUCCGUAUUCCAAGCCGAGAUAUAUGCCAUCAUUGGAUGUGCAUACGAAAACCUGGAUAGAGCCUUCACUCGGAGGAAUAUAUUUAUUCUGUCAGACAGCCAAGCUGCUCUUAAAGCAUUGACUUCUGCAGAAGUUAACUCCAAACUUAUAAUGGAGUGCAUCCUCAUCCUGAACAAAAUUGGAGCUAACAAUAGAGUGACCCUGCGAUGGGUGCCCGGACAUUGUGGCAUCAAUGGCAAUGAGGAAGCAGAUGAGCUCGCACGUCUGGGAGCAGAAAGCCUACCGUUGGGCCCCGAGCCCAUCAUCGGGCUACCAAAAUGCACCAGUCGUCGCGAGAUCAAGGACUGGGCACAGAACCAAAGCUUAGAGGCUUGGAAUAAUGUACCGGGGCAACAUCAUGCAAGAGCCCUAAUCGUGGGCUAUUCGCAGAAAUUUACGCGUCGAGCUUUAGAGCUCACACGCAACCAGUUAAGGGUCUUGACAAGAACCUUAUCAGGUCACUGUAGGUUGAACAGUCACUUACAUAAAAUGGGUCUGUCCGAUACUCCAACUUGUAGAUUUUGCAAUGAAGAGGACGAAACGCCCAUGCAUAUUCUCUGUGAAUGUGAGGCCAUCAUUCACAAGAGAAACAGAAUCUUGGGCGGCUACAAAUUAGCCCCCAUAGAUGUCAGGUCUCUCUCUCCAGGUAAGAUCAUCAGGUUUAUAAAAGACCUGGGCCUGGAUAGUGAGAUUUGA